AUGAAUAGAGAAGAGCACUUCUACCAAGCGGCUCAGCUCUACAAGGACCCUUGCGCCUACCAGAGGCCUCACCAGGGAGAGGAGUUCAGCCAGAGCCCGCCGCCCUGUCUCUACAUGGGCCGCCAAACGCAGCCCGUCUACACCUCGCCCUCCGUGGGCACACUAGAGCAGACGAGCCUGUCCGAUAUCGCUAGUUCGUACCCUGCUAUACCCAUGCGGGAGGAUCCGAUCGUGCCGCAUUUACAGCACCCCCAGGCCCCAGUGGGGGGUCACCUGCAGUCGGUUGGAGGCUACGGAGACCCCGCUGACCUGUGCGGGGACCGGGGCAGGUACCACUUGCCCUUCCCCUGGAUGAAGUCUACCAAGUCCCACGCACACACCUGGAAAGGACAAUGGACAGGUCCCUACAUGGUGGAAGUGGAGGAGAACAAGAGAACGCGCACGGCCUACACGCGCGCCCAGCUGCUGGAGCUCGAGAAGGAAUUCCUCUUCAACAAGUACAUCUCGCGACCGAGGCGCGUGGAGCUCGCGCUGACGCUCAGCCUCACGGAGAGACACAUCAAGAUCUGGUUCCAGAACCGCCGCAUGAAAUGGAAGAAAGAAGAAGACAAGAGGAGAGGGGCCAGCAGGGCGGGGGACCCUGAGCAGGACUCUUCCAUCACAUCCGGGGACCUGAAGGACGAGCCGUGCGUCUCUGCACCUGCUGCGGCAUCAUCACCGCCACUGCACGGUUUGGGUUCUUCGGUUCCCCGUGACGCAGCGUAA